CCCCGUUUGUCUCCCCGCUGUAGUUUGUCUCCAAACCCAAGACUUCGCUUCGGGGGUCAAAUGUAUAAUUUCGCGAAAUUAAAAUUGCAAAUCAUUUUAGUCGGAAAUUAAAAUCGCGACGUCGAGUUCGAGUGCUUUUCAGAUUUUUGCAAAUGUUGCGUCGUUGAAUUGCCAUAAUUGGGCAUAAUUUUCCCCAUCCAUGCUUCGGUAAAACCCUUCCAGUUUUUUCUUCGUUCUGGAGAAAGGAACGUGUAUUAGAGGGGGGAAGAGAGAGAGCAGAGCAGAGGAACGAACAGGCAGAAACUGAAGGUAUAGAGGGGAAUCUGUGUAUCAAGGUAUGCUAGCAUCUGCUGAAUUGUUUAAUCCAAUAAAAGGCUUGAUUACCCUCAUCUACUCGAAGCCUGGAACUUCUGUUGUCAUAAAACAGGUGAAAUUAAUUUUCUUCUGAAGGGCCUGAUGGACCUAAAAGUAACAUCUCUAAAGGAAGGGGGUCUCUCACCUGAUUCUGUCAGUGAUCCUGAAGAGAAAGAAAUCAGUGAUGAUGAUGAUCGUAAUCAUAAGCAUCGUAGGCGGGAGACCAGCUCUCAAUCUACAGAAAGAGAUGCACUGGAACAAGUUCUAGUAAGACCAUACAGAAAGAGGAACAAACCUUUUGAAAAUGGACAUUUUUAUAGGGAAAAUAAUUCUCAGUCAAGUGAAAGCUGGAAAAGUUACAAUAUGGCCCCUCUGGAGAAAGACCAAUCUGGCAACUUUGACAAAAGGCGUCCUGGAAUAGCAACAUUUAUGCGGACUUCCAACAGGUUUAAUCAAUCACUACCUGCUGAACUGGGUCCUGGUAGAGGUAGAGGAAAGGAAUCUGCUUCCUGGAGCCAACGCGAUAAUAGGUUCGGCUCUGUUGAUAUUGCUUCUCAAAUGAUUCCACAGGGAUCUGUGACUACUAGUCUGUUUCCAGGGAGAGGGGUUUCCAACUCACAGAGUGCAUCUUGGAGUGCAUUUGGAUUGAUUCCAGGACUACCAAAUGGUGGUUUGGAUACACUUCAUCCCCUUGGUAUGCAAGGUGCACUAAGGCCGUCACUCAGUCCUCCUCUAAAUAUGGGUGUUGCACGUCAAAGGUGUAGAGACUUUGAGGAACGGGGCUUUUGCCUGAGGGGGGACAUGUGUCCAAUGGAGCAUGGUGUCAAUCGGAUUGUUGUUGAAGAUGUUCAGAGCCUUUCGCAGUUUAAUCUCCCUGUUUCACUUCCAAGUGCACACCUGAUUGGAACACCAUCUGCUUUACCAUCUGGUAGCGCACCUUCAAGCACAUUGAUAAAUAGCAAGAAUGUACAUAUUAAAACUAGCAAGCCUGGGAUUGCUGACGAUGAAUUGAGCAUGAAUGGUGCUUUCAUUGGUUCAGCUUGUACAGAUGGAGCUGAUUUUUAUGAUCCUGAUCAGCCUUUGUGGACUGAUGAUCGUCCAGAAACUUCAAGAUCUCUACUAGGAAUAAAUCCAUCAAAGCUUAGUGAAACUGAUUGUUUGUUGGAUUCAUAUUCUGCUGAUAAUGAAAGACAAGUGAGGAGCAAUGCAACUGCAGUGGGAUCUCAAGGUACAAGUUCUUCUGUGUGGGGAAGAAUUGGUGCACAAAAUAAAUCAGAGAUGAAAAAGAAAAUUGAUUCUACAACUAUAAGUUCUUCAAAUUACAUUGAAAAUGAAGCAAAGGGAGAUCAGGAGUCAUUAGCCAAGCUUCAGGUUGGUACUCGUCAAGGAAGGCAGAUCUCAAUGGAAGACAAUGGGUUGCAAGCUAUUGAUUCAUCUCUGAAAACACAAGGUGACACCGGACAUAAUAUCCGGAAACCUUCUCAAAAGGCACUUCGUACUCUAUUUGUCAAUGGCAUUCCUCAGAAAGACAACAGAAGGGAGAAUCUACUUUUACACUUCAGAAAAUUUGGAGAGGUUAUUGACAUUUAUAUCCCAUUAAAUAGUGAACGAGCUUUUGUUCAGUUCUCUAAGAGAGAAGAGGCUGAGGCUGCUCUUAAGGCACCUGAUGCUGUAAUGGGUAACAGGUUUAUCAAGCUGUGGUGGGCUAAUCGUGACAAUGUUCCUGAUUCUGUAAUUAGUAGUGGUAAUAGAGCACUGGUAACUCCUGGUGGGGUGGCAGCUGUUUCAGUUCCGUCCCGACCAUCUAUUGCUCAGAGAGUGAAAGAUAAUUUUCAAUCUGGAACUCCAAAAAUUAGUGUCCCCAAUGCCUCUGCUGGUCUUCUGGCUGCUUUUGAUCACCCUAAGCCUGUGGCAACCAACAGUCCCAAGGCCCUACCUCCUUCGCAAAAGAAGCUGGAGAAUCUAGAGGUUUUGAAGGAGGAACUUCGUAAGAAGCAGGAAUUGCUUGAUCAGAAGCGUAAUGACUUCCGGCGCCAAUUGGAUAAGCUUGAGAAACAGGCUACAGGCAUCAAGACUGAAGUAGCAUCUGAACAGGCUGCUAAGAGACAAAAAGCUGAAACAUUGGAUGACAUUACAAAAGCUGCAAUGCCAGCGUCCAAUGAUUCUGACACAGUCAUAGGAUCACAACAGGCAGAAGUGGUUGAGAAGAAUAUUAAAACAGUGGGGAAUGUCAUGCAACAGAGUUCCAAAGCAAGUACAGCUACAGCACAGCAUGAAUCUUCAAGCUUGAAGCAAUCAUUUCGUCCUUUGGCACCUGCAGGGGCAUCCAUUUUCAUGAACAGAUUCAAAUUGGACAACCGUCCCACCACCUUUAAAAUUAGUCCACCUUUACCAGCAGGCCUUGCAAAUGUUGCUACUCUAGAGGAACACUUCUCAGCAUAUGGUGAACUCUCUGCUGUAGAGCUAGAAAAUGUGGAGUCUAAUGAUGCAAUGAUAUCAGAGAAUUGCUCAGCUCGAAUAUCUUUCACAACUCGUCGUGCAGCUGAGUGGGCAUUUGUGAGUGGCAAAUGCUGGCAAGGCCAAAAUUUGCAUUUUAUGUGGGUGGUGUCUAAUAAUCCCAGCAAUGACAAUGGCACAAGAGAAAACCCUCCACCUCCUUCCAAGGGCAUUUCAGAUGCCAAGCUUGAGGCUGUGGGGCAAGUUGCACCUGUUGAUUCUCAGAAAGUAGCUGUCGCAAGAGAUGGAGAAUCUGAAAAUUUGGAAAGAAAAGAGAGUAGUCAGGGCAGUAUAGACCAGGAUGAAGAUCUGCAGCCCAGUUCAUCUGCUGUGCCAUGUGAGAAAGUCACCUGAAGGGAAUGUUUGUUGAGUACAACCUAAUUGUCAGAAUGUACAGAGAGGUGGUUAUGGCACUUUCAGAAAUGAAGACGCAUCCGACAGUAUUCUCUACCUAUCAUAGUCCCUUCGGGCUUGAUGAUUGAGAUAGUACAGCCGAACACAUCUCAUUUCCGAGUAUCUUGAAGGAUAAUGACAAAACAAUUUUGUUCAACCCAUAGGUUUGGGUUUAUUAUAUGAUUUUCCGCACCCUCUAGAAAUUCCUGUUUUUCCUCCUUGUUUUGUUUUUGUUUUUGUUUUCAACUGUAGAAACAACAGUUCUCACCUGCUGUGGCAUAGUGUUAGGGAAUCAUCAAGUUAUCAGAACGUACCAAGGUUUGUUCCUUCUAGAUAACUUUCUUCUUAGGGUGUUAAUCUGCAUAUUAUUCAGAGAUUCUUUUAUUAAGAACCACCAUCAAAAUUUAAGGACUAUUUGUUCUCGAGGGUGGCGUUAUCUUUUGUGGGAUGAUGGCUAAUUUAAAGAUGUUUGGAUACUAAA